AAAAGCCAGUGACUCCUCGCUGCAGCUGGAGGAUCACAGAGGGACCUCUAAGACAUCACAGAGAUGAAGUGGUUUUUGUGCCUGAUAGCUGCAGGCCUUUACCUGUGUUUGCAAACCUGUGUGCAUGCUGAGCCACGUCUGAGCAGAAGUGUGAUUGAAAAAGCUGUGAUUGAAGCCAAAGCCACAGUGGACUCAGCCUAUGAGUACUCCAGGAGAGUGAGCAUUGAUCGCGUGAGGAGGAAUGUAGUGAGUCCUGCAGACAUCCUGCGCACCUUGAAGCAGCCUGUUGGGCCAACCCGUUCUGCUGUGCGUGCUGCUGACUACAUGGAUAAUGCUAUCAAACUGAUCAAGAGGUCUUUAGAGAAACGUCAGAAACGCUCCAUCAAUGCCACAGAUCUGAUCUCUGAGGAGGAUCUGCAGGUCAUUGCAGAUCUGACAGGCUGCUCCUCCCGACAUCGUGUCCCCUCCUGCAAAACGACUCCAAAUUUAGACUAUUUUCGCACUGCAGCCAGCGUCUGCAACAACAGGAAAAACACCCGCUGGGGAUCCGCCAACACACCCUUCACCCGCUGGCUCCCUGCUGAGUACCAAGAUAAAAUCUCACUGCCUAAAGGCUGGGACCCUAAUCGGAAAAUUGGGAAGCAUCUCCUUCCUUUGGUGAGGGAGGUGUCCAACCAAAUUCUGCGCACAGCAAAUUCUGAUGUGGAGAGCGACCCACUCUACACUCACCUGGUGACGAUCUUCGGCCAGUGGACUGACCACGACCUGACCUUCACUCCUCACUCUCCUGUCAUCCGCUCAUUCAGUAACGGUAUUGACUGUGAAAGGAGCUGUGAACGCACAGAGCCCUGCUUCCCCAUCGAGAUUCCCGAGCAAGAUCCUCGCCUUGACAGAGACUUAGAGGGGUGCAUUCCCUUCUUUCGCUCCGCAGCAGCCUGCGGUUCUGGCAACACAGGCCAUUUCUUUGGUGCAAGCAACGUCCGUCAGCAGAUGAACUCUCUCACAGCUUUCAUUGACGUGGGACAGGUGUACGGUGCAGAGGAUAUCAAGGCUCGCUUCUUACGCAACCUCACCUCAGAUAUGGGCCUGUUGAGGGUCAACACAGAGUACACUGACAAUGGCCGUGAGCUCCUGCCCUUCACUGACAUGUAUAGCAACAUGUGUGCUACCCGAGCUCGUAUUACAAAUGACUUUAAUGUUGAGGAGGUGCCCUGCUUCGUGGCUGGUGACGAGCGUAGCAAUGAGAACAUCGCUCUGACCUCUUUACACACACUGUUCAUGCGUGAGCACAACCGACUGGCAGGUGCUCUGGCCGAACUCAAUCCUCACUGGGAUGGAGAGAGACUCUACCAGGAGGCGCGCAAAAUCAUGGGAGGAUACUUCCAGGUUAUCACUUUUAGAGAUUACCUACUCCACAUUGUUGGUCCAGAUGUCAUUGCCAACCAGCUGUCCACCUACCCCGGUUAUGAUGAAAACGUGGACCCCAGCAUCUCCAAUGUGUUCGCCACAGCUGCCUACCGAUUCGCUCACCUGAUGGUUCAACCUUUCAUCUUUCGUCUUAAUGAGCAUUACCGGGAGCACCAGGAAUUCCCAAGCCCACUGCUGCAUGAAGCUUUCUUUGCACCGUGGAGAAUCAUCUUUGAAGGUGGUUUGGAUCCAAUCAUCAGGGGCUUGGUGGGUCGUAGGGCCAAGCUGAACACGCAGGAUCACAUGAUGCCUGAUGAGAUAAGGGAAAGGCUGUUUGAAUUCUCCUCUGCCUUGGCCCUGGAUCUGGCCUCUCUCAACAUGCAGAGAGGCAGAGACCAUGGAUUACCAGGCUACAACAAAUGGCGCAAGUUCUGCGGGCUGUCACAGCCACGAAAUCGGAAACAGCUGUCAAAAGUGCUGAAAAAUGAUAAGCUGGCCAGGAGCCUGCUGAAGCUUUAUGGCAAACCUUACAACAUUGAUGUGUGGCUGGGAGGAGUUGCUGAGCCGUUUGUCCGUGGAGGAAGAGUCGGACCCCUGUUUGCCUGCCUGAUUGCCACUCAAUUCCAGAAAAUCCGCCAGGGAGACCGACUUUGGUGGGAGAACAAGGGAGUCUUCACCGAGGCCCAGAGGGAGUCUCUGAGGGAGACUUCACUCGCCCGCAUCAUCUGUGACAACACUGGCAUCACUGAGGUACCAGAGCAGCCCUUCCAGUACCAGCACAGGGGGACUGGUUACACUAAAUGUAGGGACAUCCCUGCCUUUGACCUCAGUCCAUGGAGGGAGAAUUCUCCCUAGCAAUCCUCACUGCAGUGGUCUUACUGAAGACAGCUACUUCUCAGGGCAUCUGAUUUUACUGUGUUAUAUGAGAUCUUUUUUCAUAUUGCUGCUGACUCCUCAAAACAUUAUCCACACAACACUGCAACUUUUAAAACCUGUGUCAUUGUUGAAACGUAGCAUCUGCCUGCUUUGCUGUGUGGAAUUUUCCUUUACUUACAUUAAAUAUAUAAAUGAAAGGACAAUUCUUUCGACAUGGGUAUUUUAUUAACUGCUGGAAGUUUAUGUGACUCCUUUAGGUGCUAUAUCAGUUGAAAUAUGAUAUUUUUUUAGUUCCUUUUAUGACUCCAAAUGAAUGUGAACUACUUGAUCAUUUCUAAAUAAGGUACAUUACAAGGUGUGUAUUUUUCAAGAAGACAUGUGGAAUAUAAUUUUGUUUGUUGUAAGAGUUGACAAUUUACAUAAUCUUAAUGGUAAUAAAUGAGACCCGUGUGUGACGCA